AUGCCGAAGCUGGCAAGAUUGGCGGGCUUGGCGGCUGUGUCAUCUCUGCCAUUGACGUUCCUGCAGUCUCGACGGGGUCUCUCCUCCGGAGGCUUCUCACCGCAGACCUGCGUCUGCGAAGGUCACGGGAGUGGCGGGUCCCUGGGCAGCUCGGCAGCCCCAUCGGCACGGAGGCUGCCGGCGUUGAGGGCUGCCCAGGUCGAGGACUUCGUUCGUGAAGGACCACUCUACAAGAAGCUGCUGCUUUGCUGCUCUCCACCUUACAGCUCUGAGUGGAUCAGGCAUGGUGAGGUCUUGGCGGAGCGGCUGGGCCCUAGCCUGCCGGGAUCCGCGGAGGAGGAGAAGAUAGCGCGCCGCAUCUACCACUUUUAUUUGCCUAUCUACUACUGGAUGCGCCAGCAGAUGGCCGAGAUCCGAGCGUCGAGAGAGCUGAGGGGCGACCCGGCAGAAGCGAUCUGCUUUGGCCUUUCGGCGCCUCAAGGCUGUGGGAAGACCACCAUGGUCACGCUGCUUGAAGAGCUGUUCCGUUCGGACGGCCUCAGCUGCGAGUCGCUUUCGAUCGACGACUUCUACCUCCCUGCCAGUUGGCAGGAGGCGGUGUCGGAGCUCCACUCGGGGAAUCCUCUGCUGCAGACUCGGGGGAAUGCGGGGACUCACGACGUGCAACUGGGCACCCGAACCCUGAAGGCGCUCAAGAAGAGGAGCCGCCGCCGCCAAGGCACCGAGGCCGAGGCGGCGCGGAGCUCGGUCUUCUUGCCCCGGUAUGACAAAUCCGCAGAUUCUGGCCGUGGUGAUCAGGUUCCGCAAGCGAUGUGGAAGCCUGCAAAGACACCUUGCGACGUGCUGCUCCUGGAGGGCUGGAUGCUGGGUUUCAAGCCGACGUCAGACCCCGAGGCCGUUGCCAUCCACCCCGGCCUUCGGCUCGUGAACCAGAAGCUCAAGGACUACCAGGCGUGGGAUGACCUCGUCGACUCCUUCUGCAUCCUGGCUGUGGAAGACAUUCAACAGGUCUAUGCUUGGCGCCAGCAGGCCGAGACGCAGAUGAAGCAGACCCGAGGAGCCGGGAUGUCGGAAGAGGCCGUCAAGGAGUUUGUCGACAACUACAUGCCUGCCUAUGCGGCCUACCGUCAGACACUUUAUGCAUCAGCUGCGGCUGCAGGUGUGGAUGGAAAGCCCUCGCUCUUGUGCUGGGUGGGGCCUGAUCGGCUGCCUUAUGACGACGAGUCGGAAGCAUAG